CCCUCAACGCACUGGAGAAAUUUGACACCGCAAUGGAAAUUAAAUACCAAAUUCUGAUCUUUGUGGUAGCGCUGUCUUUUGGAAGCGCCUUCUCACAGUCAUGCUUUCGCUGUGCGUCUAUUUCUUGGAGCGACCAAGAGCUCGACUUACCCACCUCGGAGCUGGGCUACCCAUCUUGCGAUGAUGGCAACCUCCAAGUGGUGGAUUGUUCAUCUCAGGGCGGCUGUCUUAAAAUCGAUUACAGCUUUGAGUUCAACGUUGCCCUUGUUGGAUCUGUGACGUCAGAGACGGUUUUCCGUGACUGUGGGGCGAAUUUGAACGUAUGUGAGAGUGCCACCGAAGACCAACUAAACACCCAGCGAGGAUUAAUCAACUCAAUGCUGCCUGCCGGUGUUGAAUUCGUCUCUGGCAGUGGAAAUGCUUGCUUUUGCACCGGUAAUUUCUGCAACGGCGCACCGGGGUUGAGUAUCAGCAUCACCGCUCUCUUGGCAUCCCUCCUUGUAUCUUACAUUGUCAUUAAAUGGUAAAGCUUUACCCAGGGGGUGUUUCACAAAACUCGCUUUUUAAUUUCACGCGUUGGUUAAAAUUUAACCAUGCGGUGAAAUCAUGCCAGCGAGAUGCGCAACACUAGAACUGCGUAUCCAUGAAUGAAUUACACGUUAAAAUCCUGUGCACUUACGUUUGCGUUUAUAAUAUAUAAAAUAAAUAUACAUACAUAUGCAUGUA